AUGUUACAAUCAGAUGAUUUAUCUGAGGAAGUCAUUGAAAAUGAAAGCCGAUACGAAGAUUAUGAUGCAGUUUUUAAGGAAUGGGAAGACUCUAAAAUAAUUGAAUUGGUGCCAGAAUCUGAAAUCGGCGAAGCUUCUCACUACCUACCCCACAGAGGAGUUUUUAAGGAACAUUCUACAACUCGUGUCAGGCCAGUAUUUGAUGCCUCUUCUCAUGAAAAAGGUUUUCCUUCGCUGAAUGACUGUCUUGAGAAGGGACCUAAUCUCUUAGAAGAAAUACCGACAUUGUUAAUGAAAUUUCGGAUGGACAACAUUGGUGUAGUAUCAGACAUUGAAAAGGCCUUCCUGCAAAUUUCUGUUGUUAAGGAAGAUCGAGACUUCCUUCGUUUCCUCUUGUGGGAAGAUUUUAAAAGGAAAAAAUUUAAGAUUUUUCGACACAAUAGAGUAGUUUUUGGACUCACGCAUAGUCCUUUCCUUUUGUCUGCAGUAAUAAAUGCAAUUCCAGAAGCAGGUUCAUUAGAUAUUAAAGACACUGCUGAUAGUUUAAAAAAGCCCUUUUAUGUUGACAAUUGCAUAACUUCAGUACCUAGUCAACACAAGCUUGAGAAAUUUAUUCAGGAAUCGACCCAAUUGUUACAUAGUGCAUGUUUUGAUCUCAGAGGAUGGGAAUACUCGCACGACAAUUCCAAAGUUGAAAAGCCUACUCAUGUGUUGGGAUUACACUGGGACAAACAGCAAGAUAGCAUCUUUUGCGAUUUGAACAAUAUUAAAGAAGUGAAACCUAUUCUAACAAGAAUAUGUGUUUUGUCUACAGUUCACAACAUUUUUGAUCCUCUUGGUAUUUUGUGCCCAUUCACUCUACCUCCUAAAAUCAUAGUACAGCACGUGGACUCUUAA